AUGCAUUUACACACGUUCCAAAGGCCGGCCCUUCGCGCUUCCAUACUCUCGACCCUCCUCCUCAUCUCGCCGUGCAAGGCCUACGUCAACUGGCUCUACCCCCCCUCGAGCUCCUCAAACGCCCUCGCUUACAACUACAACGACGUCGUCUAUUUCACCUGGGAUUCGAACUUCACAAACCCAUCCCUAACCCUCUGGUGCGCGACCGACGAUAACUACUUUGCACUCUACACCGCCAACGUCACGACCAACGGCACGGACCCGCAGUCCUUCCCCUACGCCGACGCCUUCAACCACACGUGCCACACCUCCCUCUACUGCCACGGCUCCCCCGCCUGCGGGCCCGUCGGCCAGAGCCCCGAGUUCGCCCUCCUGCACAACAACGCCGCGGCCGCGCAGACGUGGGGGGCUCUCCGCCACGGCGUCCGUCGGCAAGGCUGCUGCCGCUCCGACCGCCACGUCCGCCUCGUCGCCGGUCGCGGCGCAGUCUGCGGGUGCGUCGGUGACGACGUCGGCUGUGAAGGGGACGGCGACGGCGACGACGCGGGCGAGUGGUGGGCUCGGUGCGGGCGCCAAGGCGGGGAUCGGUGUCGGGGUUGCGCUGGGUGCUGUGGCGGUUGGGGCGGCGCUGGGGUUUUGCGUGCUGAGGGCGCGGAGGAGGGGGAGGGAGGGGAAGAUGGCUUUGGGUGGUUUGGGGGUGCCGGAGAUGAUGAGCGGGCAGCGGUAUACGACCCAUCCGGGCUGGGUGGAGCCUUCGCGGCAUGA